AUGAAGUUGGUCUCUCUCGAUCGGAAUUUUAUCACUUGCAUCAGAUCGCAUAGGGAGAAUUACCUGAGGGAGUGUGGCGUUUUGUGGAGGAGUGCGGCGGCUUUGCUUUUUCUUGCUCAAGGUUUUGUGGUUCGAGCGGUCGGUGGUGUGAUAUUGUCCUUGGAUUAUCCAUUCAAGCAGUGGGUGUGCCAGCCAGCUAAGUUGAGAAAAGAAAGCUCUAUCUAUUGGUAUAAAAAUCAGGAUCAGUAUCAGGCAGGCAUUCAGGCAAGAAUCAGGAAUCAGUGA